UGUGAUACUUUGCUUGCAUUGCAUCUUUGCUCAGCAUCCCGCAGCAUCUGUCAGAUGCUCGUGAGAUGAAGUGAUGACUGACAUUCAUAGUAAAUAAGGUUUUUGGUCUGUUAAUAGUAUAAGAAAAUGUAAAUAUUUGUGACAAAUUACGUCUCCAAGUGUGGAGCAAAAUUUAUCGUGCAAAAUUUGGACUUCGGAGAAUGGGAGGGACAAUGGGACGAAUGCAAAAAGUGUAUAGGCAUGUCUGGGCGGGUGUAAGGACUUCUUGGCCGCUUAUUAUAUGGAUUGGUGUAAAUUAUGGAAUAUUUAAGACACAUUAUUCAAAAUACAAGAAUGCACCUGAACAUUAUUUCCUUAGAGCUAUCAUUGGACGUGGUUUAUGUAUCUCAAGAGCCACAGCAGCAAUGUUGAACUUGAGUUGCUGUAUUUUAGUAUUAUCCAUGUGCCGAUCUCUGAACCUUUUUCUUCACUAUGUACUUAGUUUGAUAUCAAGGCGAGCCCUCUUGUUCUGGAUUGAAAAUGCAAAGACUGCUCACAUUAUUUGUGCUGGUACUGUAAUUGUUGAAUCAGUGGCACACACAAUUGCUCAUUGCAUUAAUGCUGUUAAUUUUUCAAUUCAUUAUGAUAAAAAUCACCCGUCCCUGAACUGGGCAAAAUAUGCUGAACAACCUGCCUGGGAAAUGAUUCUUACCUCAGUUGUUGGAAACACUGGUAUAAUAAUGGUGUGCCUUUUGUCAAUGAUGAGCAUUACAUCCAUCAAAUGUAUUCGUGAAAAACAUUACCAACUAUUCUGGAUUGUACAUCAUUUAUAUUUGCCAUUUUUAAUAGUUUUGUUGUGUCAUCCUCUGAGUGGGAAACUGAAAGAACAGAAGAAGAAUGUAAACAUAAAUUGUAGUGGAAUGUCCAAUAAUAUUUCUCUACAAUUUAGAGAUUUAUGGAAUUAUCAGGAAUUAUUACAAAAUGGCACACAAUGUGAAACUGAACCUACUUGGAUGUGGAUUGUACCACCUCUCUUUCUAAUUGUUUUUGACCGCGUAUUCUGGAUAUUAAAACGCAACUCAAAAAAACUGAGUGUGAUGCAAGUUGCACGCCUACCUGGAUCAGUGGUUCAUUUGGUCCUUCAAAGCCCCUCCAAAAAUUUCAUUUGCAGACCUGGACAGUAUAUUUUGCUCCAGUGCCCAAUGAUUUCUUCUGUAGAAUGGCAUCCAUUUUCAGUUGUUUCUUUUUGUUCCUCUGAUCAUCCAAGUCUGUCAGUUCUGAUUAGAGCAAAAGGUGAUUGGACAGAAGAACUUCUUAGUCGGGUUUUAGUCCCAUUUGCUCAAGGAACUUAUGCCUCCAAACUACUCAACAAAACAUCAUGUAAGCCAAUAAUAUUUCUUGUGGAUGGACCAUUUAGGAGUCCUUUAGAAGAAGUUUUGAACUCUUCAGUUGCAGUGUGCAUUGCUGCUGGAAUAGGGAUUACUCCUUUUAUUGCAAUUCUUAACUACUUAUUGAACUCCACUCUUCAGAAUACCCCAAGAAGACUUCACCUCUUGUGGCUGCUGCAAGAUGCAGAACAGUUGUUAUGGUGUGCCAAAUUGCUUUGUGAUCUUCAUGAGAAGUUCUGGCAGGCAAAUGUACCAGAUAAAUUUUUCAUUCAAGUGCAUAUAACCAGAAAUUAUAAUGCAGUCAAAAUUCAGAAGGCUAUAAAUGAUGACUGUAAACUGCUGGUGCAGAGGAUAUGGAAAGGCCGCCCUAACUGGCAUGAAAUAUUUAAUGAAUUACUGGAUAUGUAUUCUGGGCAAACUGUUAAUGUGUAUGCUUCUGGACCCAAGUGCCUGAUCUCUGAAGUUGGAACUUGGUGUAAUAAUAUGAAAGACAAAGGCUUAUCAAUGAGAUUUUUUCAUGAAAUCUUUUGAUUCUGCCCAUUGAUCAUGACAGUCAGGAAAGUAAUGUGUUAGUUUUAAUAUUUUAUUUUUGUAGCAAUGUUUUAUAGUUAGUUACUAUUGAUAGUUACAUUAGUUAAUGAAUAGUUACCAAGCAAUUGUGAGUUUAAAACAUGUACGUGAAAACAGUAAAAUUUGUCUAAUACAGAAACUGAUGAUUCUGUCUAAAAUAUGUUGUUGUCGUGGCAAGUUUCUGUCGUACAGAGAGUUACCAGAACUUCACUACAUAACUUAAAUAUGUUGUCUUUUAUAUAAUUUUGGAUAUAAGAUAAAAACUGCAACCAGGGAAGAAGAAGAUUCAACAAGGUUACAGUA